ACCGGCUCAGGGUUGACUCAGCCUUCCAUCCUUCCGAGGCACUAAAUGUGGCAGCACUGAAGCUCCAAUGGAAGAGAUGGCUUCCAGGGUUGACACAUCAGAUUUUAAAAGGAAGAUGGAAAGCAGCUUGGGUUAUGAAGAUGAUAAAGAGCCUGGAAAUCAAGCCUUGCUGCUUCAGGGUUCUGUCCUAUACUCCUUCCGCAUUUUUAAUAUCUCCAUCAAACCACUGGUCAUUCACUAUGAACUGUUUGCAAAACCGACCACGGAGUCCACGGCCUUCUUCCUCCCCCGCUCCCUCCCCCACUUAGGAAAUCCCUCGUUGUCCUGGCGCCGCUCAUUCUGCAGACUCCAUUUCCAUAUCAUCUCUGACCGAAGGGAAGCUAAACCGCUUGAAAAGCCCGCCUCGUCCACGACCCCCCCCCCCACCCCGCCCGCCAACGCGCGUCCUCCACCGGGCAUGCGCAGUGUCUUUCUAAGCCGGCGUCGUUAAAUAUCGCGAGAUCGAAUGCGCUCGGCGCGGGCUUUAAGCCUAAGAUUCAAACACAGGUUCGUCGGGGUUGUUGCGUGUCUUAGUCAAAGGCGAAACAGGUAGAGGAUCGUAGAGUAGAAAUGGAACGUAAUCUAAUUAGCAUGAAAGUAAAAUAUCAGUCAUUGCAAGAACAGCAUAAUUUCACCAGAAAACAGUUGCAAAUACUCGAGGAAGCCUGUGAGAUGAAUCGAGAUCUGCAAGUUCAACAUGACCAUGCACUACAGCAGGCCCAGGAUUUUCCCAGUCAAGGCAAUUCUCUAUUUGCUGAGGUAGAGGAUCAUGGAGUAGAAAUGGAACGUAAUCUAAUUAGCAUGAAAGUAAAAUAUCAGUCAUUGCAAAAACAGCAUAAUUUCACCAGAGAACAGUUGCGAAGAGUCGAGCUGCAGAUAGCUGCAGAUCUUCGAAGAAUGAUAGGUUCACAGGGAGAACAUGACCAGCUGGACCCUUUACCCAACAUGCUUCAACAAAGAAAUGGUGAAAUAGAAGAAAUGAAAGUGAAACAAUUAGAAAAACCAAUGUAAAGAGAAAGAAAAUUUGAAUUAUGAAUUAUCUUUACAGCGGAUGAAAGCUUUAUUUGAAAGUCAGAGAGUCUUGGAGAUGGAGCGAAAGCUUUUUGUAACUGAAAAGCAACUUAAAGCUUGUCAGAGUGAGAACACCAGGUCAGUGCAAAGACAAUCAUCACAGACCUGCAUCUCUACUGCUCAUGCUUUUUGUUUGUUUGGUUUUUUAAUGUUUUUUAUUGUCAUUUAUAGGCCGCCCUUUUCCCUGAGGGGAC